AAUGAAGCUUGUGCUGUGGCUUUUGUUAUGUUUAUCUACAAUUCAGGAAGCUACAAACACAACAAUCGUUGAUAGACAUCUGCCACAACUCAAUGUUUUAUUAUUAAUUGCUGACGAUUUAGGAAUCGGUGACCUAAGUUGCUAUGGAAACAAAAAUAUUAAAACCCCAAAUCUUGAUCUACUUGCCUCAGAAGGAAUAAGGUUCAACAGAAUGUAUUCAUUUCCAUCAGAUUCAGGAAGCAUGUCAGCAAUCCUAACGGGCCAGCAGCCUCGGAAAUUUGGUCUUGUGAAGGGCAUUCACAAGUGGACAGACUUCUGGAGUCCUGCCCAGUCUGGAGGAUUACUGCCUGGGGGAAAGAACAUAGGGAGAAUGUUUAUUGAAAAUCAAAUGAAUUCUUUCUACAGUGGAAGAUGGGUCCUGGGAUUCCAAUCAGACUCGUUACCAACAUCCAGUGGAUUCUUGUCCUUCUUUGGUACCCUUGGAUCUCACAGUAUGGGCUGUUCUAAGCAGAACAAUUUUUCAGACACCAGUCUCUUCUGGCAUAAAAUAACAGAUUUUGCACCAAUUAUUCUCAGUCUGACUACAAUGAUUUUGAUUUCAAAGUUUCAUUCAGUGAUAAAAUUGAGAACUUGCAUACUUCUGUUGAGUAUAUUAUUGACCACCAUUGGGCUGCUUCGUGUUUUUUGUUGGAUGACUAUAUAUAACCCAAAUGCAUGUAUUUUUAUGGAAAAUAAUGUUAUCAUGGAACAACCAUAUAAUGAAGAUAAAUUGUCACUGAGAUUGACUAAGAAUGCUGUACAUUUCUUCAAUUAUAGAGCCAAAAAUUAUGUGCCUUUUCUGUAUGUAAUGUCCUUUCUCCAACCAAAGUUUCCACAUCUUAGAGCAUCCCAAUUCAAGAACAAGACUAAGUCUCCCUAUUACGAUGCAGUAGUUGAACUUGAUUGGAGUAUUGGAAAAGUUUUGCAAGCUUUAGAAAAAAACAACAUGAAAAACAAUACCCUUGUGAUCUUUGUUUCUGACAAUGCACAAUCAUUUACUCAUCCAGUUACUAAACUUCCACUUCCCCCUCAUCAGCAUGGAUCGAACAAUUUUAAAGCAAAUAAAAUGACCAUAAAGUUACGUGGGGAAAAGGGUUCCAAUAUGGAGGGUGGUUUACGAAUUCCUGCAAUAAUAAGACUACCUGGAAAAAUAAAACCUAACUCAGAAACGAAUGUAGUAACCUCACUAACAGACAUAUAUCCAACCAUACUGGAUUAUUAUAACAUUGAGAAAACAAUGGAUGAUCGAUUACUGGAUGGAAAAAGCUUAUACCCAGUGUUUGAUAAUCCCAGUCUAUUCCCCUCAUCUUCUCUCCACGAUCAGCUGUACCAUUAUUGUGAUACAGGGCCUGUGGGGGCAGUAACUGUAGGAAACCUUAAAAUUCUCUUCAGAAAUGGAACAGAAACUGACUGCUCAGGACCAGUUCUUGAGGCUCCCCUGAUCUUUAAUAUUUCCUCUGACCCAAAAGAGUUACAUCCCUUGCCAAUCGAAGCACAUAUGCCCCUGUUAUAUCACAUUAAGGCUUCCCUCAAGAAAUAUGAAAUGACAGCUAAUCUUCACAAAAUGAAGUCUGCACAGUAUGAUGAAAUUCCGAAUCCUCUAGAUUUUCCAUGUGUUGAUAUAUUCGACUGCACCAAAACUUAUGAUGAUGAAGCAUUUAGUGCAUUGUUUCAUGAAUAAGCAAAAUAGGCAUAUAUUAAAAAAUUAUAACAA